AUGAAGAUAAAAAACGUAAUAACUUACGCGACACUCUUUUCUAGUGCUUGUUCAAGAGUGUCGCUGCCUAUAAUUCCGCGCCUACGAAACAGUACGCCUUCUAAUCGACUUGACUCGUCAAUAGUAGAGGUAUUGAAUGGUAAUAGCAGCCACUCGACUUUAUCUUCAAACUGGGCAGGAGCAAUUCUUACAACACCGCCUGCCGGAAGCACAUUUACAGCAGUUUCCGCUCGCUUUACAAUUCCAGCCCCAAAAGUUAAUGGUGCCGCUUCAGCCUGGGUAGGGAUUGACGGCGAUACAUAUGCCGCAGCUAUACUUCAGACUGGCAUAGACUUUAUGGUGAUAAAUGGUGUUCUUGCCUACAAGGCAUGGUAUGAAUGGUAUCCAGAUUACGCAUACGAUUUUACCGAUUUUAAAAUGUCGCCUGGAGAUGUUAUUAAUAUAUCUGUGGCUGCUAGUAGCUCUAGCGCCGGUACAGCCAUAAUUGAGAAUGUAACAACCCGUCAAAAAGUGACUAAAGCUCUCACUGCUCCAACAUCGAACAGUAACCUAGCAGGCCAGAAUGCCGAAUGGAUCAUCGAAGAUUUUCAGCAAGACGGAGCUCUCGUACCUUUGACUAACUUUGGGACGGUUUCUUUCACUAAUUCUAUGGCGACAACUUCAGCUGGAAAGCAAGUUGAUACGACCGGAGCACAGAUUCUAGAUAUUCAACAAGGUCGGAAUGUGCUCACAUCUUCCUCAGCAUCCGGGUCUACUGUCACUGUAUCGCACAAAUAA